AUGCCAUCCUGCGGUGCAUGCCCAGACGGCUCCAGCAUUGCAAUCACCUCCACUGAGCCUAAUUGCCCUCUUUGCACCUGUCUACCCACCUCGACUGCCGUUCCUCCUCCCGGGUCAUCUUGCCCUACACCUUCGUGCGGAGAUUGCCAACCUCCCAAGACGGCUACUCUAACCAUGAUUGGGACAAAAUGCCCUUCGUGCACCUGUGUGGUACCAUCAAACACCUCUGCACCUGUGUCGUGUCCUACGCCUAGCUGUGCGGGGUGUGCUACAGGAUCGACAGUAGCGAUUACGACUCCGGCGGGCAAGUGUCCGAAGUGCACUUGCUUGCCCACAGGUACCGGAACGGCACUGAGGAGCACUACCACUCCUCCUCCCCUGUCCGAUGUGGACGAGGAUGCGGAUGCGGAGGAUGUGGAGAACCUUGGCCAGACCGGUGGAACGCUGGAGAAUGGCCUGCGACAUGCCAGGCCAACGGAGAUGUUUCACGAUGUGCUCCCUGCCCCAUCUUCACUUGCGCACAAUGCCCUACCGGAUCGACCCAUGCAUUCACAAGCAUUGGAACUCAGUGUCCUCAAUCAUGCCCUAGCGGCUUUGGUCAGGCCAUCACCUCGACUGGAAGCGGGUGUCCAUUCUGCACCUGCACCCCAUCCGCUCCCGGCAUCAGUACACCUCCCGUCCCAGCCCCGUGCCCGACCUUUACCUGCCCAGGGUGCCCUGUUGGUUCCAAGCCAGGGUUGA